AUGUGCGAGUGCCACCAGAUCACCCCCGACACCGAGAAACAGCCCCUCUGCGCCUCCUGCGCCUCCCUCUCCUACCCGCCCACUCCCACAAUCACACCCCAGACGCUGCCCACACACCGGCGCACCCUCUCACGGAGGCGCCUCUACAUCAUCCUCGCAGCCCUCGUACUCGUGACAGCAGCCCUCGCAGGGGGUGCUUAUGCCAUCCACCAGCACGUCUCCCAUCGCAAGCACCAAGAUGCCACCACGAGCAUCACCGCAGACUCUACUGCUACUCCCUCUGAUACGGUGUCGGCGACGAGCUCGGUGGCCCGGGCUGACGCGAGCGGGUACCAUGAGAGUGGCUGGAACAGUGGGGCUGGGUCGUCACCCAACUCGGGCGUGUGGCUUGCAGAGGUGGGAGAGGAGGGAGAGGAGGGAGAGGAGGGAGAGGAGACAAAGUUGGAGAGAAGCAUUCCGGGGUGAUGGCGCGCACCUCUGGCGCUAGAGAAGGGACAGUGUUGUAUGAAAGAAGGGACAUUUUACGUCUAGUUCGUUCUCUCGCUGUAUCAGUAGACCACACAGCAGACAAACAUGCAAUCUCACAAAGCGGUACUCCAGGCCGUCUCUUGCCUCUCGAUUCACGACGCGCAACAGUCUGGGAUCAGCACUCG